AGUUUACAACGAAGGCUUCGAAAAUUCAGAAGGAAUAUUGCAGUUUUUUUUUGGCAAAACGCUGCUUCUGUGAGAGUUUCUCAAUUAAUCUUAUCUCUGUCCUCAAUUUUUUCUAUGCAACUCACCGAACACCACAAGAAGACCUUCAAAGCCAUUUCAAAGCCAAGCUGACAGGUAACCUUAAAAUGUUAUUCAAAUUAAGUAAAUCUUUAACUAAAACAUUUAAUUAAAUGGCAUGGAAAUUAUGCUUUAGAAAGACACUGCCAGCUAGGUUUAAUGCGUGCUUUCUGUGCGACAGUGCACCCGCACUCGAAAACUGUAAAACUCCCUUAACAGAAGGGAAAGCGGACAAACCCCCAAAAGCCCCAAAACUAGACUAUAAAGGCCGAGAAAAGCACUUGCAAGAAAUAAGCAAAUUUUUUCGUCAACACCCCAGUAUAGGCGCCUAUCAGAAUGUCCUUCCAGCUAAAAUUGUCCAGUCCAAAACAUACAAAAACCCCGAAUAUGUAUAUUUGGUUAAUCCGCAAGUAGCUGACGAUAUAGCUAAGUAUGUGUUCCAAAGUAUCCAGAGCAAAAACCACAUCGUAGCUGAGUCAAACCCGGGAUUGGGUUUGAUAUCCCAAUCCCUUAUUAAGCUGGGCAUUCGCUCAGUCAGACUGUAUGAACUAAACCCAGAAUUUCAUGAGUAUCUAGAGAAAACGUUUCAAUCAUCACAGAGUAAGUUUAAACAUGAACUGUUUAAAAAGGACUUUUUCUCCCUAUGGAGAUAUAAUUUCAUUGACAAUGGCGACCAAGGGCAGAGAGUUACAGAUAUAUUAAAAGGACUGCCUAAAAAAAGCUGGACAGAUGGUCCGGUUGCAACAGUGGUUGGAACAAUGACCAGAAACAUUUUUCUAAGAUACCUGGUCAAAUCCAUAGUCUUGCAACGGGAGAUUGCUACUUAUGGAAGAGUGGAUUUGUUCCUCAUUACCUACGAAAAGUACUGGAAUAUAUUCAAUAAACCAAGCCAGAUUUCUAGAGGAACUCAGAAAGCAUGGGGUAUAUUAACAAACAUUUUUCUGGAAGCUGAGCUGAUUAAGGAGUACCCCAGAGAAUUUUUCCUCCCAUGGGAAAUAUCUUCGGCAAAGAAGCGCGGCGUGAAUAAGUCAGAUUCCAGAAACAUGUACUUAAUAAAAGUGACAAUGAAAAAGGAGUUUUCAUUGCACGCAGACCAUUUUGUGCCAUUUUUCUGUUUUGCCAUGAAUUUAUAUGCUAAGGGCAGCUCGAGCAUAAUUGCCACUUGUGAAAAAUGGGUACCGGGAUGCGGGGAAUAUUUACUUGUCCCACGACUAACUCACACUAGUUACUUUGAGGAUAUGAAUGUUUUCACACAGUUCAAAGACCUUACUACUGAACAAGUUUUUGGAGUUUAUAGGGAAAUGCAGUCCCAUCCGAAUUACCAAAGUAGUCCAUUUAUGGACAUGAUAGAGCAGGAGUGGCUGAAAACUGAGACCAUUGAAACAACGCUAUACGACGCGCACAGCAAAGCUGCGCAAUAAGUUCGCUUUAAACUGGAAAUGGUUUCUGAAGGAAAGUUCUAUCCAAUUCCGACUACUAGUAGACUCAGCAAACUUAAGUAAUAUAUUAAGUGCUACUUACAGCAUCCCAGUACGUUAAAAACUUCAACUGUUUUGUGCGAAAUUUUGCGUCUCCUAAAUCAGACACUUCAAGUGGCACGUUCACAUGGAACCAAUUGUAGUAGCAGCCAAACCAAAAGUGCCCUGCAAUGAUUAGAUGAACCACAGUUGAAAUUCCCAUGUUUUUGCUUUG